AUGCCGGAGGUGACUUCAAAGGGUACUACUAUUUCCAAGAAGGGGUUCAAGAAAGCUGUGACUAAAACUCAGAAGAAAGAAGGGAAAAAGCGCAAGAAAUGCCGUAAAGAGAGCUAUUCUAUUUACAUCUACAAGGUGUUGAAGCAGGUUCACCCGGACACUGGUAUCUCCUCCAAGGCCAUGAGCAUCAUGAAUUCUUUUGUCACUGAUAUUUUCGAACGCAUAGCAGGCGAGGCUUCUCGCUUGGCUCUUUACAACAAGCGUUCAACUAUCACAUCCAGGGAGAUCCAGACUGCUGUGCGCCUGCUGCUGCCCGGGGAGCUGGCCAAACACGCCGUGUCGGAGGGCACCAAGGCCGUCACCAAAUACACCAGUUCCAAGUAA